AUCACCACCGCCAAGCUGAUCACGCCGUCGACAGUAUCCGAGCGUCUGAAGGUGCGAGCAUCACUGGCCAAGGCCGGUCUGCGCGAGCUUCAGGCCAAGGGUCUCAUCAAGUGCGUCGUGCAACACGGAGCCCAGCUCGUCUACACGAGGGCGACUAAGGCCGACGAGGUCGUUGUUGAA